CAUAAUUAAGAAUAUCCCGAUUUUAAUAAUCAGGCUCAAAAAGUAGAAGUGGCCAGGGUUACGCGUCCACUGAGAGGGGUGCAAGAAGUUCUCAGGAAGCUGGGAGCAUCUGACUUCCUCUAGUCCUGGGAAGUUUCAAUUCUUCAAACUGGGCAGGAACUGUUUCUGUAAGUGCUUGGACAGCGGAUUCUUUAGCCCUUCUGCUUCCCAGCUUCGAGGCAUCCUGAGAGCGUGGUCCUGUGAAGCGUGCGCGUGAACCGCAGGACUUGAGUGGAAAGUAAGGUGGCGCAGAAGCGCUUCCCUCCGCCUUGCUGGCUCAUCAGCACCUUGACCUCCUGUCCACCUCGCAGUUCUUUCCAGCCCCUGGAAGGGGGAGUGGGGAAAUUUCUUGUGGACCCCACAGUGUCCGGGGGUGGGGAUCGAGGAGAGGGAUGGAAACUGGCUCCCGGAAUUGAGAGGGGGGAUGGGCAGCCCGGAGAAUAACGCCUAGGAGCAGAGGCGGCGGAGCCCCAGACUCCCUGGAAAGCCCAGCAGCCUCGCAAAGCUGGGUUUGGGUUCCCCCCACUUGGAAGAGUUCUCAGGAAGUUUGGGGGAGGGGCGAGCUGCUCUCCUGUUCUCCCGGCGUCCGGCGCCGGAGGAUGAGAAGGGACCACCGCAGCGGAGGUCUCGGUGCUGUCACGUUCCUGCCCACUGGCGGGCUUCGGGAGCUCCCGGCGGGGUUGGCGGGGCGUAGGCGAGUGGCUGCGGGCGGCGCGCACGGGCCAGCAUGGACGGACUGGUCCUCCUCAAUGCCCUGGCCACCCGGCUGCUGUUCAUGCUGCACUCGCUGGUCGGGGUCUGGCGAGUGACCGAGGUGAAGAAGGAGCCGCGGUACUGGCUGCUCGCGCUGCUCAACCUCUUGCUGUUUCUGGAGACCGCGCUCACACUCAAGUUCAAGCGCGGCAGAGGCUACAAAUGGUUCUCACCAGCCAUAUUUGUAUAUCUGAUUAGCAUCGUUCCAUCAUUGUGGCUUCUUGAAAUGCAUCAUGAGACCCAGUAUUGCAGUAUCCAGUCUGAAGGGAUGUCACAGAAUUCCAGCAGAAAAGAAGACUUCAAUCAAACAGUGAAGUCCAAUGAACGAACCAAUGGAGCAGAUGAUCUCAUUGAAACGGCCAAAGAUUUUGUAAAUAACUUAUCUACAGUAUGUGAAAAAGUUUGGACUCUGGGACUUCAUCAGACAUUCCUGUUAAUGCUAAUAAUCGGAAGAUGGCUUCUUCCCAUUGGCGGUGGCAUCACUCGAGAUCAGCUCUCUCAACUUCUCCUUAUGUUUGUGGGGACAGCUGCUGACAUCUUGGAAUUCACAAGUGAGACACUGGAAGAACAAAAUGUGAGAAAUAGCCCUGCGCUAGUCUACGCCAUCCUUGUUAUAUGGACUUGGAGCAUGCUGCAGUUUCCACUUGACCUGGCAGUGCAGCAUGUCGUGUGCCCCUUGUCUGUGGCAGCCAGAGGGUUCCCCAGCCUGUUCUUCUGCCAGUACAGUGCCGAUCUGUGGAACAUCGGCAUCAGCGUCUUCAUACAGGAUGGCCCCUUCCUUGUCGUGCGUCUCAUACUGAUGACCUACUUCCAAGUGAUAAACCAGAUGCUGGUGUUCUUUGCCGUGAAGAACUUCCUGGUGGUGGUCUUGCAGCUCUAUCGCUUCGUGGUGCUGGCCCUGGGAGUCCGUGCAUCUUUGCACAGUCGGCCAGGAGGCCCCAAGUCUGAGCACAGCUGCCCGAGUCCCCCCUCUGAGACUGGGCUCUCACCUGCGGGCUGUGAGUGUGGCUCCAAGGAGGACCUGGCUCUCCCUCUACGGGUCUCCCCAGUCACCUCUGAUGACUCCCACCCUCCCACGCCCUAAUUCUUUUAUUUACAGCAGGAGGCAUCUAGAGCUGCCUUUCUGGCUCUUCUUACAGGAUAUCCCACCCUCACAACUUUGGCAUAUGAUAGUUUUUGAAAGAGCAACUUAAAAAGGCAACCUUAAGCCAAAGCCAAGGAAUUUUCUCCUCUCACCAGAACAGAGGAACUUGGAUUAGUGGCCAUUGCUACAACGUCUGUGUGACGAUAUCAGACAUUCUGGUUGUUCAACGACUAAGUGAUUUGUUUGUCUUGAAUCAUUUGAGAUGCCACGGACAGGGUUGCAGCAACAUGCCCUCGGAAGAUUUGGCACCGACACACUGUCAUGCUGUUACCUGAAAAUAUAAAAGCUUUGAACUCUGGCUCCAUUGUCAGACGAUCUCGUCUGAUCUUUUUUGCAAUGUCCCUCUGACAUCAAAAAAUGUACAUUCAGUGAAUGCAGAACAAAUGAAGGAAAAGGUGCCUUUAAAAUUACCUCACUGUGGGCUGGAAGCACUGAUAAUCUCUUCCAGCUUCCAUAUCAGAGAGAGCCCUAUUCACCGCCACACAGGCCUUCCCAGGAAAAUUGUCGUUCUGGGCAGAUGUGCUCUUCUGUCAUGGCGCAUGUGCUCUCACAGAAAUUAUAUUGCUUUUGGCUUGGGUACUAUAUAAUUCACAGCAAGCCCCUUCGGUUACCUAUCUACUAGUUGCAAGGCAGGAAAUACUGGGAAAAUGCUAGCAAAGUCACAAUUUCAAUGCUGAGCUUGAUUUGUGGUGUUCCUCAGUAUUUUCUAAAUCCCUCUUUACCAUUUUCUAUAUUGCCAAGUCGAAUCGUGUGGGCUGAUGCGGGGAAGCUCUGAAGCAGGGAAUAAAGGUGUUUCGGGUCCUGUAAGUGUUACCAUGGUUUCUGGUGUCUGCCAGCAGUAGCGAACAAAGCUGCAGCUCCUCUGAACCACCACUACUGGAGACAGCCUUUGGUCUUGGGGACCAUGCGAUGGAGGAUUGCAUCAGCCUUGCCCAUGACCAGCAGCCCUCAAUGAGUGAUGGGGGUCGGGAGGUGCCACCCCAUGGUGGGCAUCGGGCAGUUUGCUUUAUUUCUCCUGCAUUAAGACUUCAUUUUCCUGUUACUGAAAGAGCUGCACCUUUCCUGUACUCACCUCUGUUUUUCCCAGAUGGAGAUGAUUCAGAUCCUUUGAAAGUGAUUUUUGCUUUUAAAGAUAUAGUGCAGAAUUUUACUUGGGUGCACUGCAGUAAUCAUAAGAGGUGAACAGUUCUAGAACUAUUCUUGGAAGGGUUUAAAGUGUAAUUCCUCCUGUGUUUGGGUGCUUAGGAAUUCAAGGGGACUCUUAAGGCAGAGUAUGCUUAAUUGGUUAUGAACAGUUGAUAGCAUGUUGUUCUAGUUGGGACAACUUUAUCUAUAAAUCUCUGCAUGAUAUAAUAGCCAUUUAAAACAUUUGAUUAAAAGUUUUUGAGGCAGAUUCAGAUUUUAUCAGAGUAGUGCAUAUUUUCCAAUAAAUGACUUCUUUGGGUCUAUUUAGUUAUGCUUCUAUUUUUUUCUUCCCUCCUUGUGCUUCUGAUUUUAAUAAUAUAAUGAUUUUAAAAUUACAUAUGAAACUAAUGGAAUGCAGUAAUAGUUUUCCAUCAUAAUUUUAUGAAACUUAAGAUCAGGAAAUUAUAUUUAUAUGAAGUAAAGAACUUGACAACUUUUUAAGGGCAUGUUAUUUAAAAUGCGUUGCAGUUGAAAGCCAAAUAAUAACUGCUAUUUAUAAAAAUGCCUCGGCAGAAUCUGUUUUUAUGUUGACUGUUUUAUGUUGAAUAUUUUCCUCCACAACAUGUAUGUGCUGCUUAUUAUUGCAGACUUGCUCAUGGCAUACUUUUCAUGUUUUAAUUUUCUCUUCCAGCAAAACAAACAUUGAGCCUCCAAAAAUAGAUAAAGGAUAAAGUAGUAUGGCUGUUGCAAGGAUAUUUUUAAAUGCUUUAAAAUCUGAGACUUGGCGGAGCUUCGUGAAUGGGUUUCUAGUGCUUAAAUAGUUUGUAAUUAGCACUCCUCCAAAGGCCCGCGGAAUAAAAAGCCUGUCCAAAGUCUAGCUGUAUUUAGGGUGCCAGGAGUCAAAGAGUAUCCAGGACUAUCUGAGCAAUUAAUGGAGGCAAAAAUAGACACAGGCUCUCCAAGGUUUUUCAGGAAAAUCUGCUAAGGGUAGCAUUUGUUAACCUAACUGCCAAGACACCCAUUCCCUUAGAAGGGCUGCUUUUAUAACAGGAAAAAAACACAUCGGUAUCUCUUUAGUUUAUUUGCAAAAAAAGCCUUAAGUCCAGGUGGUAGCCUUAGGACCCCUGAUGAAAAAUAAAAAUGUAUUCUGUUAAUUGUAUGCUUAAAUUGUAGACUGCUGCACAUUGCAAUAUUUGAAAACAUCACAGUGUUUCUUUAAAGUGGCUAGAAUAUCAGUUACCUCCUGUAUGGUUUCAUCCUGGAAUUCGUUUACAUUGUAUUUGUAAUAAAAUAACUGACUCACAUCAUUUGUAAAAUGUGGUCCAGGCCAUACCUCAACACCCCAUCCCCUUCACCAAUGGACACACAACCACAGAAGAAAGCAGCUUAAUUGUGGUUGUUGGUGCUGGAUGUUAUUGUCAUUGUUAUUUAAUUGCUUGAUUAAAGCUCAAUUAAAUUUCCUUCUUAAAAACUCA